AUGCCUAAGGUUUUUCUGACUGGCGUAACUGGCUAUAUCGGCGGUGACGGGUUGUUUGCCCUUGCUGCCACCCAUCCUGACUGGGAAUUCUUGGCCCUCGUUCGUAGCGAGGAAAAGUCCGCCCAGGUCACCAGCAGAUACCCGCAAGUUCGGACUGUGAUUGGUGAUCUAGACUCGUCCGAGCUGAUCGAAGAGGAAGUUAAGAACGCAGAUAUUGUCUUCCACUUUGCUGAUUGCGAUCAUGUUGCCGCAGCCCAGGCCAUUGCCAAGGGCGCUCAGCACCAUACCCCUGAGCGUCCAUUAUGGCUGAUUCAUACCUCCGGCACUGGUAUCUUGACGGUCGAGGACCAGCGUGCUGGCACAUACGGCCUUGAACGCCCUAAGGAGUACAACGACUGGGAGGGUGUCAGUGAGCUGGUCAACCUUCCAUCAGAUGCCUUCCAUCGUAACGUGGAUGAGAUCAUCCUCGGAGCUGGUCAGCAGAACCCGGCCAGUGUGAAGGUCGCAGUCGUCUGCCCACCUACUAUCUAUGGCCCUGGUCGUGGCCCUGGUAAUACAAGGAGUAUCCAAGCCUACUCUCUCAGUGCUGCGGUGCUAAAGCGCAAGCAGGGCUUCCUGGUUGGAAAAGGCGAGAACAUCUGGCACCAGGUCCACGUCCAGGAUCUGAGCAAUAUCUACCUGGCUCUGGGCGAGGCAGCCUCGGUAGGAGGUGGCAAGGCUACAUGGAAUAACGAGGGUUACUAUCUCGCUGAGAAUGGGCCCUUUGUAUGGGGUGAUAUCGAGCGCGCCGUUGCGCAGUCUGCUUUUGAUAAGAAGCUUAUUCCUUCUCCUAAUGUGGAGUCUCUCGAUGGCGCUCAGACGACUGAGGUACAUUCUACUGGAGUCUAUUCCUGGGGCUCUAACUCCCGCGGCAACUCGAUCCGUGCACGCAAGCUAUUUGGGUGGACACCUGAGAAGCCUAAGUUGAUUGAUCUUGUUCCUGAGAUUGUUGAGGUUGAGGCUAAAGCUCUUGGCUUGCUGUAA